AUGCUUUCGUGGCUUCCGUCGAUUCCAUACGCCCCGGAGCAGGGAGGCUACUGGGAUCCGAUCACUUCAACUCUCGACUGGUGCGAGGAGAACUACUAUGCCACUGAAUACGCCGCUGAGAUCGUCAAUACGUUGACGAACCUCUGGUUCAUGUAUUUGGCUUUCAAGGGCAUGUUCAACUGUCGGAGAAACGGGCACGACAACGUCUUCUUCGUUGCCUAUCUAGGCUAUCUGCUGGUUGGUGCUGGAAGCUUUGCCUUCCAUGCGACGCUGAAGUACCCAAUGCAACUCGUCGACGAGCUGUCAAUGAUAUACACCACCUGCCUCAUGUUCUGGGCUACGUUCGCGUACAGCCGGCCACAGCCGAUCCAGCUCCUGCUGGGAGUGUUCAGCGUCUCGCUCGCCCUCUUCAUCACGGGUUACUACCACUAUCUCCAGGAUCCGACCUUCCACCAAAAUGCAUAUGCGAUUCUGACGGCCAUCGUCCUCUUCCGGAGCAUCUACGUCAUGGAGCUCAACAUCAGACCAUUUUACCGGCAGAGACACGAGGAGCACGAGAAAGCCCAGAGUAGCCCUACUUUGACAGAGGCCGAGAAGACAGAGGAGAAACGCAAGGACCGGCGAGACAGCGAGAUCCUCAGGACAAUGUGGGUCAUGAUCGCGUUCGGCCUAAGCAUCUUCCUUGGAGGCUUCGGGAUCUGGACUCUGGACAACGUUUACUGCUCAAAGUUAAGGGCCUGGAGACAUGAGGCCGGCCUUCCAUGGGGCAUCGUGUUGGAAGGGCACGGGUGGUGGCACGUCAUGACCGGCUUUGGAGCGUACUGCUACAUCCAGUGGGGUAUUUGGCUCCGACAUUGCCUGAACGGUCGGCAGGACGAGUUCGAGAUGGUGUGGCCAGCCUGGUGGAGUGUGCCUAGGGUCGAGAAGGUCGCAGUGGCAGGCAAUGGGUCCGUGAGCAAGAAGACGAGAUGA